UCCCCCUGCUCCACCACCGACGCCCGCUCGCACGAUGGCCUCGCCGGAGCCGGCGGAGGCCUCGCCGCCGUCCACGCCUACCACCACCGCGUCCCCCUGCCCGACCCCGCGCCCGCUGCCUGCUGCUGCCGCGCUGCCGACCAUGGGCCCCGCGCUGCUCCGCGCGGCGCGCAGCGGCGACGAGCGCCGGCUCGUCAAGGCGCUCCUGGCGGACCCUGCCGCCCCGGACCUCGAGUCGGCCGCCACGGCGGGGGGGAACACGCUCCUCCACGUUGCGGCCGCGGGCGGGCACGCGGACCUCGCGUCGCUCCUCCUCCGCCGCGCCCCGCGCCUCCUCGCCGCGCGCAACGCCGCGCUCGACACCCCGCUCCACCUCGCGGCGCGCGCCGGGGCGCACAAGGUCGUCGCGCUCCUCGUCGCCUCCUCCUCCUCCCUGCGCGCACUGGCCCGGGCCACGAACAGGCGCGGGGAGACGGCGCUGCACGACGCCGUGCGGGGCGGCCACGAGGCCGCCGCGCGCGCGCUCGCCGCCGCGGACCCGGGGCUCGUGGGGCUGUGCGGCGGCGCCGGGGAGUCGCCGUUCUACAUGGCGGCGGCGGCCGGGUCCCAGGGGAUGGUGCGCUUGCUCUUGAGGACAUAUAGGAAUGCGGAGGCGGAGGAGGAGGAGGUGCCCGUACUGGCUUCGAGCACGGGUCCGGGAGGCCGCACGGUGAUGCACGCCGCCGUGCUAACGAGCUACGAAAUGACACAGGAAUUGCUGCAGUGGAACCCAGCUCUUGUGAAAGAAGUUGAUGAGUCAGGCAGUACUCCUCUCCACUACAUUGCGUCUGUUGGAAAUAUUUCCACUAUGAAGCUCUUAUUGCGCCAUGACACUUCUCCAGCAUAUAUGUCAGAUUCCAAUGGUUUAUGUCCCGUACAUAUUGCUGCUAAAAUGGGAUAUGGUCAACUCAUCUAUGAACUCUGUAGAUUCUGCCCAGAUUGUGACGAAUUGCUUGACAGCAGAGGAAGAAAUUUCCUACAUAUUGCUAUUGAGAAUAAGAAAUGGAAAGUUGUUUGGCGUUUCUCUGGUACUGCAGAGCUUGUAAGAAUGGCAAAUGUCAUGGAUUCUGAAGGCAACACGCCCCUGCAUCUUGCUGUAAAGAAUGCAGACCAGAUGAUAGUGAGUCUUCUAAUGGCAACAAAAGGUGUACUGCCAAAUAUAGUGAACAACCAGGGCCUCACUGCCUUAGAUCUUGCAGUACUGGCAACUGACAAAGGCAUAAGUUAUACACUGAAUCCACAGGUCAUCAUUCUCCGCUGUUUGGCAUGGACUGGAGCUGUUCUUAGUCCUCGUCGCCUUGAUCAUUUCAUAGAUGAAUUUGGCAUUGGGAAAACUUCUGGGAACGAGCUAAAGAAAUUUACCAACAUUGCACAGAAUUUAAUUGUUGGCUCCGUGCUUGUCUCAACAGUCACAUUUGCAGCAGUUUUCACUCUGCCCGGUGGCUACAUAUCGGAUGGACAUCCACAUGCCGGCGCACCAAUUUUGUCACACAGAUAUACCUUCAAGGCAUUCGUGAUGGCAAACACUCUUGCAUUUGUUGGCUCCACGCUGUCCACCAUUUGGCUCACGUAUGCAGGGUCAGAACAUGUCCAUCCGCUGCUUCGUGCAAUCUACAUGUUCCUCUCUGUAAUUUCGAUGGAGCAGGCGACGAGAAGUAUGGUUAUAGGAUUCGCAUUGGGUGCCUAUGUUGUUUUGAGCCCGGUCAGCGAGCGGAUCGCCAUUGUGGUCUGCGUGUCUACCUUCAUGACCCUAUUGCUUCGCAACCCAUCUAGUUGGCAGCUAUGGUUCUUGUUCAUGCCGAUAAAGCGGCGAUUGGGUUGGAAAGGAGCGUUUAAGACCCACUUGCCACAGGAAACGAGGAGCCGUCUUACAAUUGGUGUUGGCUCCAAUUUUGCCUGUCUAUUCCUGCGGAGGAUGCUUGGUACGAUAUUUACUUACAGCUUCAUCUUUCUGUUAGCAUUGCUAUGAUGAGAACUGCAAUAGUGUGCCUUGGUGUACCAUUCCCGUUUCUUUAAAGAGUUGCAUGAGUUGUAUAUACAAGUUCUUCAAGUUGCACGAGUGCUCGCCUAUUUGCCGAA